AUGAAUUCGGAGCACUUCUCGCCCUACAGGCCUGACGGGAAGCUGUAUGGCUUCGUGUGCGUGGUAACAGGCGCAACCCAGCCGAUAGGGAAGGCCAUUACCACUGAGCUUGCCGCUCACGGUGCUGCCUGUAUAUACGCUUGCUCGGAAUCACCGAACGAGAGCUACCAGCAACUGGCGGAUGAGGUCAACAAGGAGUAUCCUCAUACAAAGGUAGUCGGCUACCCCUACCAUAUCGGAACGGAAGAAGAUACAUUGGGGUUGAUUGACGACGUCCUGAAUUCAUGGGGAAGAUUGGAUGUUUGGGUAACCUCAUCUGGUCUUCUGGGCCCGCCGUCCAUCCAAGACACGACGCCCGAUGACCUGCGGAAGUGCUUCGAAGCGAACAGCAUGGCGCCCUUCUUCGCGCUGAAAUACGCGCCGCCUGCCAUGGCCAAGACGACGCCAAAGGGCAACUAUCCUAACGCUGCACCGAAGGAUAUUGCAUAUGGGAGCAUUAUUGUCGUAGCUUCUGUGGCUAGCACAUAUGGCGGAUGCUGGGGCCCCGUUCUCACCAUGAGUUCCCACGCUGCACUGGGUGUUGUCAGAGCUGGCGUAGCGGUGCUGAAAGGCAAGCGACGCAGCGUACGGAUCAACUGCAUCUCACCCGGCCAGAUCGAUGUUGGUGUUGAUCUCAAAGGCUUCGACAUGCGAGGCAUGAGCGCUCAGCUACCGCCGUCGAGUCUGCAAUCUGCAGAGGCGCAGAAGCAGUACAUCGGUCUCGAGCGGGCUGGCCUGCCCCAGGAAGUCGGCAGAGUAGCGGGGUUCCUAGCCAGCGGAUUUAGCAGCUAUAUAACGGGUGCGAACAUGGUGGUCGAUGGCGGUGCUUCGGUGAUAAAUCCCUUGACCAUUCCAAUAUAG